AUGUCCGGCUCCAGCCUGUCCUCCGGCGGCGGCAUGCCGUGGCAGACCGCUUCGGCCAUCGUUGCCCGGCCAUUGCCCGUCUCCGGCUCGCACGUCCUCAAGAUCGACGGCUACUCCCGCACCAAGGGCCUCGUCAACAGCAAAGGUGUCUCGUCCGAGACGUUCGUCGUUGGGCGCCAUCGCUGGUACAUGAGGUACUUCCCUGACGGUCACUCGGCAGGACAAGCUGGUUGGAUAUCUAUCUACCUCUAUCUUGUCCACACUGAUAGUGUCGAUGAUCAAGUCCACGCCCGGUGCAAGAUCAGCUUGCUCGACCAGGACGGGGAGCCGGUGCCGACGCACGGCACGGACAGCCAGACCUGCUACACCUUCUCCAGCAACACAGGGCCAUGGGGCUCUCCUCAGCUCAUCACCAGGAAGGACUUGGAGGAAUCACUUUACCUCAAGGAUGACGUUUUCAGUGUCAAGUGCGAGAUCACUGUGCCUAGGGAGAUCUUCACGGAGCCCAUCUCGCUGCUGGUCGCCGCGCCACCGUCCGACAUGCACUGCCACUUUGGUCGGCUCCCCUCCAGCGGCGACGGGGCGGAUGUCACGUUCGAGGUCGGAGGCGAGACGUUUGCGGCGCACAGGUGUGUGCUCGCCGCCCGGUCCACGGUGUUCAUGGCGGAGCUGUUUGGGCCGAUGAAGGAGAACACCGAUGCUUCUGUACGCAUCACUGACAUGGAGGCUAAAGUGUUCAAGGCCAUGUUCCACUUCAUCUACACAGACUCUCUGCCGCCCAUGGACGAUGAGCAGGAGCUGGUGGUCAUGGCCCAGCAUUUGCUUGUUGCGGCUGACACGUAUAACCUCGAGAGGCUCAAGUUGCUCUGCGUGGAGAAGCUCUGCAAUCACAUGGACGCAAGCACCGCCGCGACUACGCUGGCAUUGGCUGAGCAGCAUUCCUGUUGCGGGCUCAAGGACUUGUGCUUCAAGUUCCUUGCGUCACCUGGAAAUAUCCUCAAGGCCGUUGUGGCGAACGACGGCUUCGAGCAUGUGAGGAGCAGCUGCCCGUCUGUCCUCAAGGAGCUCGUUGCCAAACUUUCACCUUGA